AUGGGCUCUGCUACUUCAAAGGACGUCAGAGAUGAUGUCUCUGUUGAAAUUGUGAACGAGAAACAAGUUUAUAAAGAAUCACCAUCUUCAGCGGCUGCUUACUUGCAAAAGUUAUCUUUGGACGUAUGCGACUACCUGAACGACUUGAACACUGAAAACAUCAAGAAGUGGGACGCUGAUUUGAAGUCUGACCCCAAAAACAGAGUAGUACAGAACGCGUUUGCCCAACACAGUUUGGGAGACAUAACUAAGAAGAGAAACGUUGACUUGACAUUAGGUGACAGGUACCUCUUCAACGUGGAGGUGGAUCCCAUUGGAUCGCCCUCUUUCUUGGACAACCAGAAAUCUUCUGGAAGGUGUUGGAUUUUUGCCACCAGCAAUGUGAUCCGCACCCGUGUGAUCAAGAGGUACAACUUGGACCCGGCUGGGUUUCAAGUUUCUCAGGCGUAUCUCUACUUCUACGACAAGUUGGAGAAGGCCAACUACUUCCUUGAGAACAUCAUUGACACUGCCGAUGAGCCUCUUGACUCGCGUUUGCUCCAAUGGCUUUUUGCCGGCUCCGUUAAUGACGGUGGACAGUGGGACAUGAUAUCUAACGUCAUUGACAAGUACGGUGUGGUGCCCAAUGAGGUGUUUCCCGAUAAUGCCAAUGCUCUGUCUUCGAGUGGGUUGAACGCCGUCUUGGCAGACAAGUUAAGAGAAUUUGCUUUGGUGUUGAGGGAAAUGAAGGAAAAGGGUGCUCCCAAGAGGGCCAUUUUGGCAGCCAAGAAUAACUUUAACAAGCAAGUGUACCAGAUUAUUGCCCUCUUUUUGGGCUCUCCAAUUGGCCCCAACGAGAAGUUCACUUGGGAGUACAAGGACAAGAAUGGCAAGUUUCACAGCGUCGAGACUACUGCAAAAGAGUUUUACGAAAAGCACGUUGCCUACAAUGUCACGCAACGCUUUUCCUUGUUGAACGACCCAAGGAAUGAGUACAACAAGUUGUACACCGUUGACCGUUUAAACAACGUCUACAACGGCAGACCCAUUGAAUACGUGAAUGUAGAAUUGUCUGCGAUGAAGAAAGCUGCCAUUGCAAUGUUGAAGGACAACGAGCCUGUGUUCUUUGGUUGUGAUGUUGGCAAGUUCUUUGACGGUGCCUCUGGCGUCAUGGACACCAACUUGUUUGACUACGACUUGGUGCUUGGUACUGCUCCUAAGCUCACCAAAGAGGAGAGAUUGAGAACUGGUUCUUCUCAGAUGACACAUGCCAUGGUCAUUGCUGGUGUCCAUUUGGAUGCUGACGGCAAGCCCACUAGAUGGAAGGUGGAGAACUCGUGGGGUGAUGAAGGCGGCAAUAAGGGCUGGUACUUGAUGUCUGACGAUUGGUUCGACGAGUACGUUUUUCAGAUUGUGACGUCAAAGAAGUACACAGAGAGAUCACACUACGAGCUCUGGAAGAACAAGCAAUACUCUGUAUUGCCUUACUAUGAUCCUAUGGGAGCGUUGGCCUGA